UCCCCGACUGUGAAAAUUUAAACACAAGUAAUCCGGAGCUGUUACCAUGGCGUCUCAGAUCCGUCAUAACUACCACCUGGACAGUGAAGCUGGAGUCAACCGCAUUGUGAACCAGAAGCUGCAGGCAUCCUAUACCUACCUGUCUCUGGGGUUUUACUUUGACCGCGAUGACGUCGCUCUGGCCAAGUUCUCAAAGUUUUUCCGUAAGCUGUCUGCGAAGAAGCAGGAGGAAGCGGAGAAAUUCCUGAAGUUCCAGAACAAGCGAGGUGGAAGGAUUGUGCUUCAAGACAUCAAGAAACCAGAUGCUGAUGAGUGGAAAACCUGUAUCCAAGCCAUGGAACACGCCUUAAACCUGGAGACCUCCGUGAACAAAGCUCUGCUGGACCUGCACAACACGGCAAAAACCCAAACCGACCCGCAUAUGUGUGACUUCCUGCAGACGGAAUACUUGGAUAAGGAGGUUAAGUUGAUCAAGAAGUUGGGCGACCACCUUACUAACCUGAAAAGAGUGAAGAGCCCCGAGGGGGGACUGGGAGAAUACCUCUUCGACAAGCUAACUUUGGGGGAGGACAGCGACUUGGAUGCCUGAAGGUCCACUCUGUCACUAAAACCGUCCAAACUUACAUGCUUUGUGCAACCUGCCAUGAAAUAAAAGCUUUUUGUCAGCAA